CUUGGAAAGUCACCACCGGCUUCUUACUUUCCUCUUUGGCUUCGGAGCUCAAAGCAGCGGACAAGCUGAAGAUGGCAAUCUGCCCAUAAUUGUUGCCAGCCGCCAGAAACUUCCCACACGGUGAGACGCUCUGGGAGAAGAUGGUCAUAUGGAGCCGCUGCAAGGCCUGGAACACCUCUGUCUGACCCAGCGGUACCGCGAGCGGCACAGCUCGCUCCAUCUCCAGAACUACAAGUCCCAGAGUGCUCCGCGUGCCACGCAACUUCACGAGGCCUUACGUGCCUACAGCGGUUCCUCUCCGUGGCGCCCUACUGCCUUCGGCGCGAAGGGGGCUGCUGCGUACCGUCCUGAACCCCAGGAGCCGAGGUGAGCGCCGCGAAGACCCCCGACAUUAAGAAGUGGUGUCCACCGCAGCCCCGCUAAGCCGGAUACCCUCCCCCACCCCGAGGAGCAAGCCUGCCUUCCGCCACGCGCCGCCCUUCUUCGGCGCCCGCGCAGAACCUCGCCGCUGUGCCCGCCUAAAGCCACGCCCAUCCUCGCUGGGCCACGCCCUCAGAGACUCCUCCCCUGUCGCCCAGAUCCCACCCGCAGGACCCCAAAACCCAAUGAUCCUUCAGCAGCCCUUGGAGCGAGGCCCCCAGGGUGGGGCCCAGCGCCUCCCGCGGGCCGCCUUGGGGGUGACUCGGGGCCUGGACGCCAGCUCCCCUCUCCGAGGAGCUGUGCCCAUGAGCACCAAGCGGCGCCUGGAGGAGGAGCAGGAGCCUCUGCGCAAGCAAUUUCUGUCUGAGGAGAACAUGGCCACCCACUUCUCUCAACUCAGCCUGCACAAUGACCACCCCUACUGCAGCCCCCCCAUGGCCUUCCCCCAAGCCCUGCCCCCACUCAGAAGCCCUUGCUCUGAGCUGCUUCUCUGGCGCUACCCUGGCAGCCUCAUCCCCGAGGCCCUCCGUCUGCUGAGGCUGGGGGACACCCCCAGUCCCCCCUACCCUGCAACCCCAGCUGGAGACAUAACGGAGCUCUGAGUGCUGGUGGACUGCCCCUCCCACCUUCCUUCUUCCCCACAACAGAAGAGACCAGCGACUCCUGCAAAGGGACAAGGUUCCUCCCUCUCCUGCAGACCAGGCAUCUGGGCACCAAGACCUUCCCUCAACAGAGGACACUGAGCCCAACGGAGCUCUGGGAUGGGAGGGGUGGGAGCAUGGGAAGGGAGGCAUCCCACCCCCAAGAAGAACUGAAUAAAGAUUGCUGAGCAAAGGAA